AUAAACUACUAUAUGUUUGUUUUGGGGUUUAAUUAAUGAUAAAUAUGUUACUAUUUUCAAUCCGUUUGAAUGAUUUAUUGCAGUGAGAUGUUCGUCCAUUUCGAUAACUGCUAUCUCAAUCCCUUCGUUCUACUCUAUAUAAGUUUAUAUUCAACUCCCUCCAAAACAUAUUCUCACUUUACCAAUUAAGGAAAGGUAUUCUCUAAACAACUCUAGAGGACUAUGGAACUUCACGGAGCUCUAGUGGCUAGUCCCGGCAUGGGCCACUUUGUACCCAUCUUAGAACUCGGCAAGCAUCUCCUCAACCACCACGGGUUCGACCGUAUCACCGUCUUCCUAGUCACAGAUGAUGAUGUCCCACGCUCUAAAUCUCUCCUUGGGAAAACGUUGACAGAAGCGGAUCCCAAAUUCGUGAUCAGGUUUAUUCCACUCAAUGUUUCGGGUCAAGAUCUUAGUGGUUCACUUCUAACUAAACUUGCAGAGAUGAUGAGGAUGGCAUUACCGGAAAUUAGGUCUGCAGUUAUGGGGUUAGAGCCGCAGCCUGGGGUUUUCGUUGUUGACUUGUUGGGCACAGAAGCUUUGGCUGUGGCAAAGGAGCUUCAGAUCAUGAGGAAACAUGUUCUGGUUACUACCAGUGCUUGGUUUCUAGCUUUCACAGUUUAUAUGGCGAGUCUUGACAAGAUGACCUUGUACAAGCAUUUGAGUAGCACAGGAGCAUUGCCUAUACCAGGAUGCAGCCCGGUUAAGUUUGACAGGGUUCAAGAUCCGAGUAAAUAUAUUCGGGAACUCGCUGAGUCUCAGCGAAUUGGUGCUGAGGUGAUAACUGCAGAUGGGGUGUUUGUGAAUACCUGGCAUAAUCUGGAGCCAGUGACGAUCGGGUCUUUCUUGGCUCCAGAGAAUCUUGGUAGCGUUAUGAGAGGUGUGCCGGUUCACCCUGUUGGACCGCUGGUUAGACGAGCAGAACCGGGUGUAAAACACCGUGUGCUGGACUGGCUUGACUUACAACCCAAAGAGUCAGUGGUUUAUGUCUCUUUUGGAAGUGGUGGGGCACUUACCGCCGAGCAGACAAACGAGCUGGCUUACGGUUUGGAGCUGACCGGCCACAGGUUUGUUUGGGUCGUCAGACCACCAGCCGAGGAUGAUCCAUCAGCAUCAAUGUUCGACAAAACCAAGAAUGAGACAGAAACAAUGGAAUUCUUACCCAACGGGUUUCUAAACAGGACCAAAGAUAUUGGUUUGGUGGUCCAGACAUGGGCCCCGCAAGAGGAGAUCCUGGCACAUGAAUCAAUUGGAGGGUUUGUGACUCACUGUGGAUGGAACUCAGUUUUGGAGAGUAUUGUGAACGGUGUGCCAAUGGUAGCUUGGCCAUUGUACUCAGAACAGAAGAUGAACGCGUGGAUGGUGUCAGAGGAGCUAAAGAUAGCAUCGCGUGUUAAUGCUGCAGAUGGGAUUGUAAAGAAGGAAGAGAUAGUUGAAAUGGUAAAGAAAGUGAUGGAUCAAGAAGAAGGAAAAGAUAUGAGAAAGAAUGCUAAGGAACUGAAGAAGACAGCAGAAGAAGCUCUCAAUAAGACUCACAUUCCAUUUGCUUACUUCAUCCAAAACUAAUAUAAAGAAACUGAAAAUUCAAGCAUAACAAAAACAUAAAUAUAAUAUUUUAUUUAUGCGCCAAGUAGAUAUAGAGAAUGUUCUAAAACUGUAGUGACAAAGACAUAUGGUCAAGAAACAUGAGAUUUGAAUGCAAACAAA